AUCAAGUCAAUAUUACUAACAAACUUGCUAAUUUUCUUUUAGGUUUAGACGACUAAUAAUGCUAACAAAACACCAUAAUGGGCAACAUAAUACAUGCCAAUAGGCCAUCUCCGCCCCGCGACAAGGCGCGGCAUCACCACCUAAUAUAAUAUUAAAGGUAGGGAUUCAACUUAUAUCAUAAAAGUUUAUUUUUAGUGGAAGCACUCUUACUAUAAAAUUUCUCCUAAUUGUAAGCUUUUUUUUUUUUCUCAAAAAUACCUGGCUAGUUGAGUGAUUAGUGAUUUCUGAUUACAAAAUAUGAAAAUACCUUCCGGCAUCUAGCUGGUUCGCGUGGUUCACGCGGUGCGCGAGAAUAAAAACGAAAAGAAAAACAUGCUGUCUCAAAUAUAGUAAAAUACUGAAGCCAUGUUUAAGGGCUGCUACGGGUGUAUAUUCAUUAAUUAGUGACGGAUCCUGAGUAAUUGCCAUAGCGGCACAAUACAUGUCUAAAUCCAGAGUAGUGGAGAUCGAGAACUGAGCAUACUCAUAAGGAUUUUUUUUUUAAUCGAUGACUUAUGGGGAGAUUUGCUUGUUGAAUCUUUGAAAAAUGUGAGUUUUUAUUAAAUCCUAGAUCUUGAGAAUGAAGAUGAGACUCGAGAGAUAGAAGAUGGACGAGACGUUUUGAUGAAUGAUGUGGUUUGUAAAAAGCCUACCCGACAAUAAAAACUCGGAGAAGACUGUUUGACGAUGCAUGCAAAAACUUGUAACAACUGAAGAGUGGAGUAUGUGGGGGCAGGUCCUUAUGUCGUAUUCUGGAUAAGCAUGUGGCAAGAUUCUGGUGGGGGGACUCGGAGGGACACCCUCGAAUUCGAUGGGUGUCCUGGCGGAAUAUGUGCAAAAGUAAACAUGACGGCGGGAUGGGAUUUCGACGGUUUGAACAAUUUAAUCAAGCGCUCCUUGCCAAGAUUGGGUGGCGCAUCCUCACGGAGCCUGACUCCCUUCUCGCUCAAGUUUAUAGAGGCAAGUAUUUCCCAAAUGGGACAUUCUUGCAAGCAACGGCCCGUUCUCGACCCUCUUGGGGUUGGCAGAGUGUUCUGUUUGGCCGUCAGUUACUGGAGAGGGGGUUAAGGUGGCAGAUUGGAAAUGGAAAAUCUGCUUCGCUGCUGCACUCCAACUGGAUCCCGCAACUCCAACUGGAUCCCCCGGUUGUUAAUCCUGUGAUCAUCCCGGACGGGGGUGACCCACCUGUAGCGGUGGUUAUUUGCGAAGGGGAGGGGCGAUGGGAUGAGCAAAAACUUAGCCAAUGGUUUGAUCCCCCCUCUUGUAGGGCCAUUAAAUCGAUCCCUCUUCCUCGAGAGAAUUUGGAGGAUAAGCUAAUUUGGAAUGCUACGGCGGAUGGGUUGUUCUCGGUUAAGUCUGCUUAUCACUUAGCUGUUGAUUUAGAUAAGAGGGGAGGGGGAUGGAAGGCCACCGUUAGCUGGAUGGAUAGAGCAAGUUGGAUCAGGGUGUGGAAUGCGAAUAUCCCCCCAAAGCUAAAAGUCUUUGUCUGGCAGAUUCUAAAUCGAGUCUUGCCAACUACUGAGGCCCUGAUUGGUAAGCGUGUGCCUGUGCUACCUAGGUGUCCGGUUUGCUGGGAUAAUUUGGAAACAAUGGAGCAUUUGUUCCUUGAAUGCCCUGUGGCGCGAACACUGUGGGAGUACUCAGGCCUGGAUUAUGUAGGGGAGGGGUUGGCGAGGCACACUUUUCCUUUGUUUCUUAAAAGGUUGCUGGCUUUGAUUUCCCAACCCCAGCUGUUCAUGGCAGUGGUUGGUAUUUUGUGGCGCAUUUGGCGCUCCCGGAACUGGGUGGUCUUUGAGGGCAAACAGUUUGGGAUCGAGGCCUUAAUGCGCCAGUUCCAUCAGCAAUAUGAGGAAUGGGUGCGAUUGCCUGUGGAUAAAGGUCGCACGCUGUUGGCCCCGGUGGAGGAAGGAAUAGGGAUGGACGGGAUAGGGGGGGAGGUCAUCUGUCAGUGGGAUGGGGGGAUCCGGCCAGGGUCGCAUGCGGCUGGUGGAAUUGUCCUGUUAUCCCCUGAUAGAAUGGUCUUGCUAGUCAAAGGCGUCCAGUUCCCUUUUUUAGGAGAUCCGAAGACAGUGGAGUUGCUGGUCCUUCGGGAGGCGAUUCUGUGGUGUCUGGAGAAUAGGUUCACUAAUGUGCGUUUUGAAGGGGAUGCAAAGGUGAUCAUUGACAAGAUUAAUCAAGGAAAUGCCAGAGAUAAUCGGGUGGGGGCUGUUUUGGAAGAGGUUUUGCAGUAUUUGCGCUUUCACCCGGGGUUGAGGGUUCGUUUCGUAGGUCGGAGUAGUAAUAGGGUAGCCCAUAUGGUGGCUAGGAAAGCCCUCUCUUUGUACCCGAUCGCGGAUCGUGGCUUUAAUUAUCAGGCCUGGCUGCUGUCCAGGAUGUAACUAUCUUUUUUGAUAUUAAUGAAAAUUAUCUUUUGUC